UUUUGCGCGUUAUUCGUUCGUCUCUUUAUCGUCCUCAUCCCGGUUCAAACACGGAUUUCGGAAUCUUUUCUGCUGCUGCUGCUGGAGGUCUUGUCUGGCUGGUGUUUCGUCUCAAUCACGUUUGCGCCUAGCUUCUCGUCGGUCGUCGAUCCUGUGUUUUGUCCUGAGUCUAUAGGACCGUGGUGUGUCUCUGUGCUGUGUCGGUUCGCGUGCUGCUGCAAUCGUCUGUCGUCGGACGGGGUCCAGUGCUCCAGAGUUUGUGCUUCACUUCGAGCAUCCGUUCAGAGGAAAAGCUCUUGCCGUCGGUUCGGUCGCUCAUUUGCGUUCCAAAAGUGCUUCGGUGCGGUACGGGUUUUCCGUGUGUCGGCGGUUCGGUGUGAGUGUGCUGCUGCUCCAAUCGAAAUUCCUUGUGCAAUCCUUGGGGAUCCGAGGUAAUAGGAUCUGUCAAUUUCGGGAAGAAAAUUGGAACCAGAUUUUUAAGUGAAUUGUUGCCACCGGAAGCUGUGAGGUGCUGCUCUGCUGGAAGAAGCAUCGAGUACCGUGUAACAUCGUGGUUGAAUGUAUUUUAGAUUCAACAUAAAAGUGGCGGAUGCAUUGAAGAAAGGUGAUAGUAAAAUCCCGAAAAGUUAAAAAAAAAAUCAUUUUGGUUGGCGCUAAGUUCCCCACCCACCGGUAUUGCGUGUGUGAGUACGAAGAAAAAGUGCCGGUUGCCCUUUGAAAAGUGCAACUCCAUACGAAAUACGUAAUCAAGGCGGGUUGCAGAAGAAAAAAAGCGAAAAGUAAGCAGAGUCAAAACAAACCACACCGCAACUGAGCCGGCCGGUUUACCAGUAGUUAGCGUGUUUCUUCGUCUUUCUCGUGCGUUUCGCGUUCGCCGUAGAAAUUAGUUGGUGUCAAAUGGCGGAAGCCGCCGGUCAGCAAAACAACAACGCCGCCCAAGCCGGUCAAGCCGCCGGCGGUGGGGGCACCUCCAACAACGGCAUCAACAAUACCAACCCCAACGCCGAGGUCAUCCGGGGUCAGCUGUUCGAGGUGGGACCCCGCUACAACCAGCUGGCGUACAUCGGCGAGGGAGCCUACGGAAUGGUUGUAUCUGCCGUGGACACUGUGACAAAGACAAAGGUUGCCAUCAAAAAAAUAUCCCCCUUCGAGCACCAGACCUACUGUCAGAGAACGUUACGGGAAAUCAAAAUCCUCACCCGGUUCAGACACGAGAACAUCAUAGACAUAAGAGAUAUCCUGCGGGUGCCUAGUAUAGAACAGAUGAAAGAUGUAUAUAUUGUUCAGUGUUUAAUGGAGACUGAUCUAUACAAACUGCUGAAAACACAGAGACUUAGUAACGAUCACAUCUGCUAUUUCCUGUACCAAAUUUUGCGCGGUCUCAAAUACAUCCACUCGGCGAACGUGCUACACCGAGAUCUGAAACCAAGCAAUCUGCUGCUUAAUACGACUUGUGAUUUAAAGAUUUGUGAUUUCGGCCUCGCACGAGUGGCUGACCCGGAGCAUGACCACACCGGUUUCCUGACAGAGUACGUUGCCACCAGAUGGUACCGAGCGCCGGAAAUCAUGCUCAAUUCCAAGGGGUACACCAAAUCCAUCGACAUCUGGUCGGUUGGCUGCAUACUGGCGGAGAUGCUCAGCAACCGGCCCAUCUUCCCCGGCAAGCACUACCUGGACCAGUUGAACCACAUUCUGGGCGUGCUGGGAUCGCCCUCCCAGGAGGACCUCGAGUGCAUCAUCAACGAGAAAGCCCGCAGCUAUCUGCAGUCGUUGCCCUAUAAGCCGAAGGUUCCGUGGUCCCGGUUGUUCCCGAACGCCGACCAGAACGCACUGGACCUGCUCGGAAAAAUGCUCACCUUCAACCCGCAUAAUCGAAUUUCGGUGGAGGAAGCACUGGCGCAUCCGUACCUCGAACAGUACUACGAUCCCGCCGAUGAGCCCGUAGCCGAGGAACCAUUCCGCAUUGCCAUGGAGCUGGACGACCUGCCCAAGGAGACAUUGAAGCGAUUAAUCUUCGAAGAAACGUUACGGUUCAACCACAACGAUAACCACCCGGAUGUGAUGUAAUUCUUCGGACAGAGAGGAGCAACCCAACCGCGGAGGUUCUUUCUACACAUACUUCCCCCUCACAUACACGCAGUUACUGUAAAGGAUGCAUUUCCUUUUAAACAUCCCCUCGAACUCCAUUUUUACAAUUUCUUCAUUCGUCGUGCAUGUUGCCAAGUCACAGGCGUCGGUGUAGGCUCCGGGAGAGAAGGAAAUUCGUUUCGUUCGCCAGCAAAGCCUACCAAGCGGAAAGGGCCACGUAGCAAAACUAAGACUAGGCCAUGAAGUACACAUCACUAAUUUUCUGUCCUUAUUUUUCGCACUCAUCCCCGCGCUACCACCGGUCAAGGUCAAUCAUGGAUUACACACAUGUAAUGAAUAGUCUAGCAAUUAUUAUGAAAUCACGUUAGUUUAUGUUAAGCAUGCAUACAUACGAACAAACAAAACUGAUUGUAAAGUGUGUAAGAACAAAGAACAACCGUUCACAGCUCUAGGGUUAGGUCAAUACUGAAAUUGCGAACUAUAUCUCGUAAUUGAUUUUUAAUCAGUCGAUCCGGGAAAACGGGGGUAACAACGUCGAUGACACGUUUUCCCUGCCAGUAUCCAUUUUUUUUAUUAAAAGCAACUGUUAGCAAUAAUUUACACCUGUGUAUGAUAAGCGAUUAGUUAAAAUCCUUUUUUUAACGCGAGAACGCGAGCAAAUGAUUUCGUUGCAAUCCAAGAGUAUCCAAAUAAUUUUAGGUGAAAUUUAUGAGUUUAAAAAAAUACUUUAGGCUAUCAGGUUCAUCAUAGAUUGAGAAAAUGAUGAUAAUUUUAAGAAUGAAAAAUUGCAAAUAGUGUAAACCAAAAAAUUGUAACAAUUAAAAAAGCUGCAAACUAACGAAGAUAGUAUGUAUAGAAAACACUACGUAAAUAUUUGAGAUUCUGUUUUACCAGCGCCUAUUCGUUGACUGUUUUGAGUGGAAUGAUACAGGGCGCAAAUAAUGGAAUUUUAUGCACUCUUACGCCCUUCACCACCAUUAGUGUACCAUUUGUCCGAAUCACAUUUGCAUUACAUGCGAUUUCUAUAUAAUUGUGAACUUUUGUCAAACGUGGUAGUACAUUCGCUGUGCCCAGAAGAAAUCAGUUUUAUAACAAUCAAUCGGCGUGCUGACAGCCAUAGGUGUGUUUUUCACCGGAAUGACAUAUUAUCGCUCAUAAUUAACGGUAACUGUUUGACCAUAUGCAUUAAAGUGUAAGUUUCUAAACGUUUGAAAUUAGUCACAUAAACAGAAGUCAUUGUCGUUGAAUAAAGCGCAAUUUAUUUUGCGUCCAUAUGGUUGUGAAUAUGGUAAAAAAUACGAUUUUUCAUGUUUGUGUUUGUCUUCAUGAACGACUCGGCUCCAAGCGUUAUCGCUUACCCUUUGAGAAUUUCACAUUUCUGCUGUUUGGAAAGAACGUUGCUUCAAUUACCUGGUUCUACCACAAAGGUUUAGCUUUCAAAGAAAAUCAUUAAAUAAAUUUCAAUUGAAUGAAAUUGUAAAUUAAAAGAAAUGAAAUUUUUAAUACUUAGUCGUUAAAUGUCAGACAUUCGAUGAUUGAGCCGUUCCUCUAAGGCCAACAAACGCUUAUUACUUUGUUACUCUGGAUAGCAUAUUACUCUUCAAUACUUUGUUGCUCCGUAUAGCAUACAAAAUCUUGAAAAUUCUAUAAACACUGUAGAUCAUUGGACUUGCCCGAGAUUACUAUUAAUAAAACUUCAUAAUCAAAGAUUGCUUCAUUAUUUCAGCAACUACCCAUUUUCACUUUUUAAGACUUUUUCAUUUGAUUUACGACUAAAUAAAAAAAACUGUUUGGCUAAACAACUUAAGGUAAAGAUAGUAAUUCUGUGUAGCUUCUAUCUAUAUAAAUAAAAAACAAUUUUCAGUUUGCUUUUCAAAAAUUUAAUUCGUGAAGUAAUUGCAAGAAGCUCUUCUUCAUUCCAUUCGUCUUGAGCACCGCAGGACAAAGCCUGCAAGUGAUUUGAUAUUUAUCGCAUUCACAACCAAAUCGCAUUCAACACGAUGUAGAUUUGUAUCAUAACAUCUAAUAUCAUUCUUGAUGUUUCAAUUCCAUUCAGUGGCAAUUCUUUAAUCUCAAACUACCUGUUCAACAAAUUCAUAUUUAAGCAUGAUCAGCUAUUCCGUUCCGUUCAUUUUCGAUCAGAUAUAAAAAAAUCCGUUUUUGUUUCGUCGAACACGAAAACCAGUAAUGUUAGGAGACGCAACUGCUAGUUUUUACCAUGUGUUUAACAGAUCACAGCGUAUUCAACUUAUUGUUUCUUUCCUGUAAAUUCUGGUAAAAAUGUAUUGAAGAAUAUUCUUGGUGGACGUUUUAAGACUCAUGCAUUCAUCAAGCAUAACCAUAUCUGUUGAAACACAUUCGGAAAAAAAAAUCAUAAGUGUGUACAGUAGUGGAAAAUACGGGCGUCUCAAAAGUGUAAUUAACAUGUGUUGAAAAUAAGAAUGGAAACAACAUAGCGAAUGGAAAACGUCACUAAAUAAGGUGUAAUGUUUCGAGAAAGACGAGAUUAAUUAUGUAAUUACAUGCAACCAACGUGAUAUUUUAGUGAGGAAAUACAAUGACUCAAUCAGCAGUCGUAAAUUGUUGUGUAUUAUUCUGAUUCAACCUGUUAGUGACUAAAUAAUAGGCUCAGUGAAUCCAGGUUAGUAUAAGUGAGAUACCAAUGACGGUGUCUGAAUUGGAGUUUUUCCGUAACUCAAUUUCUGAAUGUAAAUUCAUGGCAUCAUUGUUUGUUAGGGCUUGCAUCUGCCAUUUGAACACGAUCGUGCAACCGAAAAUUGUAAAGUUAGUGAUCUAAAUAGUGAAUAACGUUGAAUGAGGUUAGUUUGGUAGAUUAUAAUAAUAAUGCUAGAUAGGUUUACAAUGUAACAAAAAAUACAAAACUGAAAUUACAGCAAAUAUUAUCACACUACACUGUUGUAGAUACUAAGGCACCGAUAGAUGUACUUAUCUUGAUUGAAAAUCGAUUCUUCAUUCACGAGAUGUGUGAAAAACAAAAUGCAGGAAAUUAAACACAAACUUGUUCAUCGAUAAGUAAAAGCUUAAUCAAAAAUACCAAAUUAAAGUCGCAAAAGGCAGAUGCAAACUUUUUCCAGUUUAAAAUUUGGUUACAAAGAAGUCAGCCACAGCUUGAAAGUGUUGAAUUAGAGAACAUUGAUUCAUUGUAAUGGUACAAAAUGGCUCAAAAUAUCUCAGAAUUUCAAGGAAUUUCUUCCAUUUGUUGAAUUCUAAAAAUCUUUAUAAUUGUUAGAAUUGUGGAAAUUCGUCCAUAGUUGAACAUGUUUUCAUCAUGAGGUGUUUGACAAUAGGCGUCGAUUGUAGCUAUUCAAUAGUUGGAAAAUUUUCGUAGGGUUAAGACAGCCAUUUUCGUCUUUUCGUCAUAAUCUCUAAAACCAAUAAAAAAAGUACUUUUUUUGCCAAACUCAUCCGUACCAAAUCGUAAAGUCAGGAUCAAGAGAAACGUUUUGCUAUAGUGGAGUUCUAGUAAAUUGACUUUGCUUUCGUUGAUUUUAGCCGCUACGACGAUGGACGGAAAUACCUGCCGUGUCCCUACAUGAAAUUCUGAGAUUUUUUGACACAAUUCUGAACAGUCAGACACAAUCAGCAUAAUAGGGAUUAAUUCCUCCUCGUCGGAGGUAAGCCAGUUGUCCAAAACAGUUUCCAACACCGACUUGUACAUAUGUAGUAAGGUUAUGAAACACAGACUAUCUUUUUUUCCAAUAUCGACUAUUCCCCUAUCCCGAAUGUGCAUACACAUUAAAAAUCUUAGGGUGUCUUAUCCGUUACAAGCAACUGGUGUUAACAAUUUCUAUUCUUCAAAAAUCAACUGUCGAAAGUCGAGUAUUGAACGAGACAAGAUAUGUAUCAACUAUAAGUCACGCACAUCGAUGUCAUUAAAAAAUUCUGCAUUUGAGGUUUUUUAUAUCUUUUAAAUGCAAAUACUUUUUCUAUAGAUGUUUUCAAAUCUGUUUUAUCCUUUUGGCAUUCGUAAAAAUCAAACAUUGGCAAUAGCACUGGAUACCAUUAUUACUGGGCGUAAGUUUCCCAACUUAUAAUCGCUGAUACGACAGACUCGAAACACUGAACCGGAAAAACCCCAGACCCAUCAGUAUGAAAACGAAAAUGUGAUGUUUUGGUGCAAAAUCGGUGUGUCAUAAUCAGAUCAUAGUAGAUGAGAGUUGUUUUCUGUUGGGAUGAAAGUAAUUAUUAAAAAAAAAUCGAACAACAGAACUCCGAUCAUAAAGCCGAUAGCGCUUGUUGAAAAAAAAAGUAAUGAAAAGGUGUAUUCCACUUGUCACAAUGCGAAGAAGUAUGGGUAAAACGGACAAAUAAUCAGGUAGACCUAGAAGUUUUUCAAUCUUUCGAUAUGAUCCUUUCUUAAGAUACAUUCAGGAAUAGAAAAGCUUACACAUUCUAAUAUCUUCCACGCAAAGCUUUAUCGAAUCAGACAUUCAAGUUUUGUCCGUUUUACCUUCCACUCCUUCUAAAGUCAAACAGUCAUGAGAAUCAAUUUCAUUAUUAUGAUUAUUAUUAUUACAACUUAUCUGUCAGUGAGAUAAGUACAAACAUUGAAAAAGAACAUAUGUUCAGAAAGAUGCAUGAAUAAAGUGAAAUAUAUAAUUGA